AUGGCGCCAUUCAGACAAGAGAGCUAUUUCGUCGUUUACCCUGGUUCUCAAACUACGCUGGUCCAAUUUGGCAUAAGGGAAGAAACUUUCCACCCUCCUCACUUGGAGAUACCUACACUCAUUUAUAAGACAAAUGAAGACAAGUACACCAACAAACAAGGUCAAAAUAUGGCUGUGAGACCAAUAAGAGAUGGAAAGAUUGUGAAUCUAGACGCGUUUCUGUCUUUCAUCAAGCUUAUUUACAAGUCGAUUCUUAAUGAAAAAUCAAGGGCAGGUUCAAAUGCAGAUGUUUUCGACUCAGAAUUGUCCAAUAUUCCCAUGCUUUUGAUAAGCAAUUCUUCUUGGAGUCAAUUUCAACAAGAAAGAAUUACACAGUUCAUUUUUGAAGAGCUGCAAAUAAACAAUUUCAUGUUCUUGCCCUCUGCUUUAGCAACUUCCUAUGCGCUCGGGUCGUUACAGAAUUGUGUGGUGAUUGACAUUGGAAGCCAGAGCACUGAAGUCAUCCCAAUUUUAGACUAUGCUCAGCUAACAUAUCUCAUCACUAGAAUUCCUUCUGGGGGUGAUUGCAUUAAUGAGCAGCUUAAGAAGCUCCUACCGCAAUGGACUGAGGAGCAAGUAGAAGACUUGAAAAAAUCGGCGAUUUUUGAAGUUCUGAGUGAGGAUGCAAAGCAAAACUCUGCUUUCGAUUUCCAGGCAGAUGAUGAAGAAGGAAAUUUAGACAUUGCUGCCUUAGUUACUAGCGAUCGAGACACCCGCGAAAUACUGGAGGAACGUGAGCGUGAGAAAGAAAAAAAUAAUGUUCGAAACAGUGAGCUAGAAAAUAACACAUUUGUAGAUCGAACUGGCAAGACAAUUAUAGUAGGGAAGCAGAGAUUUCAAGGGUGCGAGCUUUUAAUUACGCGUAUCUCCAUUGCCGUGGGGCAAGCGUUGUCACAAAUUGACGAUUUGCACAAGCUAAGGGCUAUUUGGGAAAACAUUUUGGUGGUUGGUGGAACUACAUCAAUUAUCGGAUUCAAGGAAGCUCUGUUGAACAGAUUAUGCGAAGAUCAUUUGAUUCAAGAACCUGCUGGCGAAAAGCAAGCAAGAGAAGAGGAAAUGUUAUCACAGAUGUCCAACAAGAAAAAAACGAAGAUUUCUGGUGCUCCCUUUUUGAGCUCAAUCGACUACGUACAGGCCCCUACAGUGAUAAAAUUAGCAAAGUAUCCCGAGUACUUCCCUGAAUGGAAAAAACACGGUUACGCUGAAAUCCCAUUCCUGGGUGCGCAGAUAGUAACUAAACAAGUUUUUGGGCACUCUAACGAAAACUUUUAUGUGACAAGAGAAAAGUAUGAAAAGAAGGGCCCAGCAGCUAUAUGGGACGUGGCAUUUUAA